AUGCGUUGCACUUGUCAGUUUUGGCAAAGAGAAGUAGCAAGCUUGAGGCACCAAUUGCAGCACUUGAAUGAUAGCCAAAGGCAAUUGAUGGGCCAAGAACUAUCAGGUUUGGAUUUUACUGAGCUGCAGCAUCUGGAAAUUCAAAUGGAGAUGAGUUUGAGAAACAUUCGAACGAGAAAGGGUCAAAUUUUUAGUGAUGAGAUCAAUGAGUUACACAAAAAGGGAAGCCUUAGUAGUAUAGAAAAUGAAGAACUUCAUAAGAAGAUAAACCAAAUUGGCCAAGAAAACGCAGAACUAGAGAAGGUUAUUGGAACAAAGCGCGGCGUAUAUGCAAUAUCCAAUGCUUCACACAGUAGUAUCAGAAUCAGCUAUGGAUAUGAUAUACAUGAUGAACAAAUCAGUCUCCAGCUAAGGCAGCCACAACCACAAUAG